AUGAUGAUGUUUAAGUUGAUUCACGGGCAUCUAUUUUAUGACGGUUUAGCAAUACAUGUGCCGGAAGGAAUCGCUCAAGGAUCCGUCGUCCUUAUACUUGUACUAGCUAUUUUAAUUGCUAUACCUUAUCGUGGCGUGAUAUUUGGUUUAGGGAAGCAAUCUGCUAAAGGAACUGUCAUACAAUUUAUUCGAAAAUAUCAUGGUUACGCAAUGAGUUUUGGAACGGUGCUCAAUUUUCACUAUCAUCCAGUGAGUCACCGGAAUAAGGCUUGGAUCCUACUACUGGAAACUUAUGUAUUUAUUCACGGGACAUUGACAGCAAUUAUACAGCCUGGCAUAGGCUGGCAAAUUUUCUCGUAUGGUUUUAUGGUCAUGUUUCUACUCAACCAAAUAUUCCAAACAAAAUUUAGCCGCAAAGCGCUGGUUAUAGUGAUUCUUUACUCAGUCUUCGCUUUGCUGGUAUAUUUGGGGUUUCGAAAAGAUGGAGCUUAUUAUCGGAUCACCUUCAUUCCUAUAGCGGAAUAUGCAUGCGUAUACUUUAUUCUGGCCGUUGGUUCAAUUAUAAGCUGUAUAGCAUGUCAACUUUCUGCAGUUUCUAAAAAGCUAUUCGUCACAAUGUCGGCUUUUAUUUCAUGUGUAUGCUUGACAGUUGGUUUGGCUUUAAUACUUGCUGGAAAUCUGUCGGUUUACAACGAUUACUAA